CUGGAAGAAGAGGCUGGGAGCAGAUAGGAAAUAUAUGAUGCUGUUGAGGUGGCUUAUACCCAAGAAUCUCGACGAAACAAGAGAUACACCGCCACAGGUUUAUAAUGCACAGGUGUACUGGUGCUGCUUGCUGGCGUCUUCGAUGGCUGUGGUUAUCGGGUACGAUAGCGGGUUCACAUCAGGAAUGGUUAGCCUGUACAGUUUCCAGUCUGAGUUUGGUAUCGACGUGAUGGAGCCGCUGGAACGGUCUCAAACGCUGGAAAGAAUCAUUUCGCUGUUCCAGGCUGGCGCGCUCUGCGGCACGCUGUUGAUCUAUCCACUGGGACAGCUGUACGGGCGUAAGUUGAGCUUUGUUGUUAUCACAGCUGUUUUGCUUCUUGGUUCAGUAUUGCAACUGUUUGCCAACAGCGAGAAUGGGCUAUGGCCCAUGUACCUCGGCAGGUUUUUAAGCGGCAUUGGUAUAGGCUCCUUUUCGAACUUGGGCCCAAUCUAUAUAGUUGAGUUGAGCGUCCCAAGUAUAAGGGGACAGCUGGUUGGGUUUUACGAGAUUGCAUGGCAAAUUGGAGGAGUGAUGGGGUUCUGGAUCAACUACAUAACGUCUGUGACGAUCGAUGACUCUCAGAGGAUCCAAUGGUUAAUACCUUGCUCGCUGCAGUUGUUACCACCGGUGUUAUUUGCGUCCCAGCUGUACACCUUAAUCGAGUCCCCCAGAUGGCUGUACAGCGUCGGGCUUACUGACGAGGCACUGAUAAACCUGUGUAGGUUGAGAGACCUCUUACCAGAUGAUCCAUAUAUCGAGUAUGAGGCCUCCACCAUUGACAGGGAACACCAUGAAAAGAUAAGACAGGUCGGGUCGAGCCUGUGGGACCCAUUCAGAUGUAUCUUUAAAACCCAUCAGCUGAGGAUACGGCUGCUGAUGUCAAUGUCACUGUUCGUGAUGCAAAACACGCUCGCAGUCAACGCGGUCAACUACUACUCCCCAAGGAUAUUCCAGACGAUGGGGGUGAGCUCUCUGAGUGCCUCACUGCUCUCAACAGGAGUAUUUGGUGUGAUAAAGGGCAUCUGCUGUUUACUCUGGUCCAUGACGAUUGUCGACCGUUAUGGCCGGAGACCGUGUCUAAUUGUGGGACUCGUCGUGUGUGCGCUGUGCUUCACCUAUAUCGGGUUCUACAUCAAGCUUGCUAACCCAGCUCUGGGCAAGGAGCCCCACGACGGUGCAGACUCCCGGCUGGGAACAGGCGGGCUCUUUGCACUGCUCGUGUUCUACGUAUGGACAGUGUCGUAUGGUCUCUCGUGGAGUGGGACACCGUGGGUUUGGAACUCGGAGGUCUUCCCCACCAACGUGCGCACCGCCUCCAGCGCACUCAACUCGUGUUCCAACUGGGCGUGUGCGUACGUGAUGGCGAGAUUCUCCGAGGAGAUGAUCGACUCCUUAGGGUACGCAACCUUCUGGGUGUUUGCCCUCGGGAUGGCGAUAUCGUUACCCGUCUUUUACCUCUUCUACCCAGAGACAAAGGGCGUUCCUGUCGAGUUCAUGGAUCAGCUGUUCAACUACAACGCUCCACAGGCUCACUCCAUUGUCCAUGGAUACCUCGAGACUCACAAGCACGAUGGACUAGACGACAUCCCGGAGCACCUGAGCGUGCUCUCAUGAGCCGGAAUGACCCAGCGCGUCAGAGCACCCAGACCCUUAUCUUGAAAACCCCAACACCCGCGCCCUUAUCUCUGUUUUCCCCUGUUUAUCUGUUUUUAUAACAAUUACGUCAUAUGCAGCAGAGGAGGCC